AUGACUGAGAACCCGAUGUUGAAUAUUAUAAGUAGUGAUUUCAGAGAGAGAGUUUGGGAGGAAUCCAAGAAAAUAUGGAAUGUUGCAUUUCCUGCAAUGAUACCUAAGGUUUCUCAAUUUGGAACGCUUGUUGUAACACACUUCUUUCUUCGGUGUAUCUCUCAGCUCCAUCUUGCAGCUUAUGCUCUCGGUCACAUUCUCGAUCUGCGUAUUGCUAAUGGCGUCAUUCUAGGGAUGUCAACUGCAACUGAGACUCUUUGUGGACAAGCAUUUGGUGCAAAGCAGUACCACAUGAUGGGCAUAUACUUACAAAGAUCAUGGAUCAUCAAUCUUAUUACUGCAACCUUAUUAUUGCUCCCUAUAUUUCUUUUCGCAAGACAAAUCUUUACGAUACUAGGCGAACAAUCAGAUAUUGCAAGUCUUGCAGGUUAUAUUUCUUUAUGGUUCAUCCCCAUGCUCUACUUCUACGUCUUCAACUACACCAUUCAAAACUACCUCCAAGGACAACUCAAAAACAGCAUUAUCGGAUGGUUAUCUGUUGGAUCAUUUCUGAUCAAUCUGUUACUGUCAUGGAUCUUUGUUAAGAAAUUACAUUGGGGAAUUUCUGGAGCAAUGAGUGCAACUAUAAUAGCUAACUGGUUAGUAGCCAUUGGAGAGUUCGUAUAUAUUUUUGGAGGUUGGUGCCCAAAAACUUGGAGAGGAUUCACUUGGGUUGCUUUUUCUGACCUCUUCCCAAUUACAAAGCUCUCAGUAUCUUCUGGUUUGAUGCUAUGCUUGGAGAUAUGGUACAAUAGUAUUCUAAUCUUACUAGCAGGAUACAUGAAGAAUGCUGCAGUUGCCAUUUCUGCCUUUUCUAUAUGCCUUAAUAUAGCAGGUUGGGAAUUCAUGUUAUGCCUUGGCUUCCUUAUCUCCUCAAGUGUUCGAAUUUCAAAUGAAUUAGGAAAAGGAGAUGCAGAAGCUGCAAAAUUUUCAGCCAAAGUUAUAGCGUGUACAUCAAUCUGCAUAGGACUGUUCUUCUGCACUCUCUGUCUGAUAUUUGGAAACAAGAUUGGAUACUUGUUUACGAAUGAUGAGAAAGUAGUAGAAUAUGUAUCAGAACUCUCAUUCCUACUUUCUAUAUCAGUUUUACUCAAUAGCAUUCAGUGCGUACUUUCAGGAGUAGCAAUAGGUGCUGGAAGACAGAGUAUGGUAGCAUAUGUUAAUAUCUUCUGCUUUUAUUUCGUUGGAAUACCAAUGGGGCUUCUGCUAGGAUGGGUGGUCGGUCUGGAAAUAAGGGGAUUAUGGAUGGGAAUGCAACUCGGUGUUAUAUUGCAAUCGUUGGUGUUGGGUUACAUUACAUGGACAACUGACUGGAAUGAGCAGGUUAACAGAGCAUCUGAGCGUCUAAAUAAAUGGUUUCCAAGAAAUUCAAAUAAAUCUAAUGAAGAGUCAGUUCAGGAGUGAUUGAUUAGUGAUGAAUUUUCUUAAUUCUAUAUUAGUAAAACCUGAU